AUGAUAGGGACAUUGUGGGACUCCUGUGUGCAUGAUGGGAUCCUGGCUGCGACCACCGGCGCCUCCUUCAAUCUCUUCAUGCUGUGCGGCUUUGUUGGGUGGCUGCUGCACACUGGACGCAUCCCCAAUGACACCGCCCCUGUGCUCAGCAAGGUGGCGUUCAAUGUGUUCAUCCCCUGCAUGCUCUUCUCAAAGGUUGCUUCAACACUCGCCACACAGCCCAACCUCUCCCUCCUUGCUAUCCCUCUGGUGGCCGUGCUGCAGGUGGCAGCAGGCGCCUGUUUUGGCUCGGUGGCCGCGCGCAUCGUGGACGGCUCGCUGAUGUCAUCGCUGUCCGGCUGGCACCCUCGCAACCCCUCCAGGUCAGCGCAGCUCCUCGCCCUCACCACCGCCACCGCCACCGGCGUCCCCGGCGUCGCCGCCGCGCUCCUGCCCCGCCAGAAAAACAUCCCCCUCGGCACGCGCGAGCUGGUGUCGGCAGCCUGCACCUUCGGCAACUCGCUCACGCUGCCGCUGGUCUUCCUGAACGCGCUGCUGCCGGCGGCCGCGUUCGACCGUGCGGUUGGUUACACGGCGCUGUUCCUCACGGGCUGGUCGCCGCUGCUCUGGAGCGUCGGGUACUCGCAGCUCGCGUCCGCCGGCUUUGCCGCCGAGGGCCAAGAGGCUCCGCCGAGGCCGGCCCAUUACGGCAGCAGUUUCCUGGGGAUCGAUCUUGGGGACGCAACGAAGGCUCCGCCGAGGCCGGCGCGCUAUGGCAGCAAUUUCCUGGGGGACGAUCUGGGGGACGAAAUGAGCGUAGCGCGUGUGGCGCUGUCAACUAAUGCCGGUCUGAACCGGCAGCCCACUGCCGCGAGCCGGGCCCUGCGCGGCGCCGAGGCCGGCCGGCGGUGGCUGCGCGGGGUCAGGAGAGCGUUUGUAAGGGUGUUGAAUCCCCCGCUCGUAGGGGUAAUUGCAGGCAUUCUGAUCGGCGUAUCCCCCCUGGGCCAGCUGCUGUACCGCCCUGACAACCCCGCCGUGGCCGCUUAUACUCUGCGGCUUCCUAUGGAACUACGAUUCAUUGUGCGCACAGGUGGCAUCAAGUCGGUGGCACAGAUUCUUGGGCUUAUCGGCGGCGCGACUCUCGCCGUGCAGACCGUGGUUCUGGGCGCGUCGCUCUUUCAGAAGGCUUCAAACCCGCCGCCUGAUCUGGCAACGGUAAAGCAGGGGGAGGCCCCCUCCGGGACCCCCGGGUCCCCACCCCAGCAGGGGCAGGUCCAAAUUGUCACACCCAACACACCCGCCCCAGGGGAGAGCCUGAGCAUUGCGCAACAGAGGAGCAAGGUGGUGUGGAGCGAAGCCAGGCUCGCAACGCAGGGGAUGCUGGAAGACAGGGGGCCCGAUGGUGCUGGCCCAAGCGGGCAGCCCAGCGGGCAGCCCGACCAGAACCUAUUGAAAAUGCUGCUUCCUAGAGACAAUGUCGACGUACGCAUGUUCGCGGCUGUGGCCGUCGUGCGUUUAAUACUGAUGCCGGCGGUUUCGCUGGCGCUCGUGCGCGGGCUGGCGGCUCUAAGACUUCUUCCGGCCGACCCCGUCUGCGCGCUCACGCUGCUUGUGCAGGGCGCGAUGCCGUCAGCGCAGAACCUGGUGUUGCUUGCGCAGCUCCGGCGGGGUACACAGCCGCUCGCGCCGCGCAUGGCGGCUUUGCUGCUGCGGCUGUAUGCAUUUGCGAUUGUCCCGGUCACCCUCUGGAUGACUGUCUUCGCGUACAACCUGCCUGCGACGGCCGCCGCCCUGCUCUAG